AGUGCCAAGAUGGCGGACGCGGUUUGGUUUCUUCAGAAUGUUCCGAGUUUGAAUGAGUUUGAAUGGCACCAGGUGCCGUCAUCCACUUUGAAGAUGCUUUUCAAUAAGAAACAGCCAUAACAAUUAAUAUCCGUAUUCCUUACAAGAAUGACAAUAUUGACGGGAGGCCCCAGGACAUUUUGUUAAGUCCUGUCAAGCAUCACUGAGCACGUUUCAACACACUCUCACUGUUGAAGGUCAUUCUCUGAUCUUUCGCAUCCCAAUGUUUUGAUAGAUUUCCGAAUGGGAGGUUUUCGGGGCCAGUUUCUCAGUGACUUUGCUCUUGUAAAGCAUAUAUCCUCUAACCGAAUCAUAACGCUAUCGCUCAGGUUUUGAAUCGGAAUUUAAAAGAUCGGAGAAGUUGACGAUGAAAGUCAACGAAAUGAAAAUAACGAAUGAAACAGACGCAGACGGUCAUCCCAAGAGCGGAGCGUCACUAUUAGGGCGACCACCCUCCAGAAAGAAGGUGGUCCGAAAGCCAUUGUGCUGGCGACCGCCAUCAGGUGAUAAUCAGUAUGAUGGAUGCUGUACAAACUGCCUCCGACUCUCGCUCAUCUUUUACAUGCUCUAUUUAGUGGCUGUUGGAUAUAUUUUCCUACGAAAGGGUGUGUGGCUUCUGAUCACUGAUUCCAAGACAGAUCCUCACCUGGAUAAUCCAAUACAAGUGGCUGCAUACUUCAUUAUCAUGGCUGGUGUGGCUGUGGUCCUCCUGGCGUUCUGUGGAUGCUGCGGCGCGAUACGGCAAAACAGAAGUGUCUUAUCAGGUUUUGGAUCAGUAUUAUUAAUAGUAUCAAUAUUACUCUGUGUGGUGUCAGGAAUUUGGUUCACCUAUCGGCACAUGCUAAUCCCGUACUUUAUGGACUUUAUGCAUAACGGGUUAAAGAAUCAGUAUGGCAUGGACACAGAGAGCAAUCCGGAAAACAGUGUCGUCACUAGUUUGUGGGACUUGGUUCAGCAAGAGCUGAAUUGCUGUGGCAUCUCUGACAACAGUUCUUCUGAACAGAACAGAUCCUGGGAAUUCUAUACCACGAAUACGCAGUGGUAUUUGGAAAUGCAGAAUGACAGUCUGAGCCAACAGAAGGUUCCUCACAGCUGCUGUGACCCUGAAGGGGACAUGGCCGUCUGUACCGGACAAGCCUACUUCCCAGGACCCCCUAACUAUCUCAAUUCAUCGAUCGGAAAUUUUAAUCAGACCAACCCUUACUUAUUCACAAAUGACUGUUAUGACUUGUUAUCAUCAUUUUUGUUCAUACUUCCUGCUUUUGCUGCCAUGGGGUUUGUCAUUGCGCUUGAUGCAGCAAAGUCUUGAGAAGUCUGAUGUCACAUGGGGAAUUCAAAGAGAAGAACUUAUUAGAUAGAGGUGGUUCCCUGGCAUGAAGGGACGUGUCUGAGUCAAUAUUUGGCAAGUUCCAACAAUGUUCUUCAGUGAUAGACUUUUUGUGCAGUGUCUUUGUUACUCACUGCUUGGACUCAAGCAGAAGGAUUUUGUUUGUAUCAUAACAUGUUAUGGUUGUAUAUCAGGUUUCUAAACUGGAAUAAUUUCAUUAAGCAUAUAUGUCAUGUUCUAGUUUGUUUGAUACUACUGACAUCGAGAGCUUUCCCUUGAUCCAUCAUUGGAACCAUUAGCAUAAUCCGUGGAACCAUCGAUUGAUGUAGUUUUCC